AUGGCCGAGUACAGCGUCGAGUCGAGAGGCAUAACGCGUGUAGAGCCUGACGAGCGCCACAACCUGAGCCAGUUGGGGUACUCUCAGAUCGCUAUGUUGUGGAUCUCGAUCAAUCUGGCUGCGAACAACAUUACGCUGGGUAUGCUAGGCCCGGCCGUGUUCGAGCUCGGGUUCUUAGACUCGUGUCUCUGCGCUGUCUUUGGUAUGCUCGUGGGCUGUCUCCCGGUCGCGUACAUAGCCACGUUUGGUCCUCGAAGCGGGAACCGGACUAUGAUAUUCUCCAGGUACAUCAUGGGCUGGUGGCCGUCCAAGAUCGUGGUCGUCCUCAACAUCAUCGUAUUCCUCGGGUACUCCUUGAUCGACUGCGUGGUCGCCGGCCAGAUUCUCUCUGGGGUGUCAGAAAACACAAUGUCUGUCGUGGUCGGCAUCAUUAUUGUCGCUGUUAUAACAUGGGUCAUCACCACGUUCGGCUACCAAGUGUUCCACUACUACGAACGAUAUGCCUGGCUAUCGCAGCUCAUUGUCCUGAGCAUGCUAGCUGGAGUGGCGGGUCCAAACUUCAACAUAUCCUCUCCGUCGCUUGUCUCCGGAGACACCCUGACUGCCAACCGGCUCUCGUUCUUCGGCCUCGCACUUGCGGCGGCUAUAACUUAUAGCGGAGGAGCAGCGGAUCUAUUUGUCUACUAUCCAGAGCACACUGCAGGAUGGAAGAUCUUCGUGACGACUAUGCUCGGGCUUACUUCCAGCUUCGCUUUUGCCUUCAUCCUUGGUAUUGGUCUUGCCAGCGGGAUGUCGACGAAUCCAGCUUGGGAGGCCUCUUAUGGCAUUUCUCAAGGCGCACUCAUUGUGCAAGGAUUCAAACCCCUUGGCAGCUUCGGCAGCUUUUGCGGCGUUCUUGUGGCUCUAGGUCUGGUGCAAAAUCUGAUAGUCCCAACAUAUGCUUCCGGUAUCGAUGCGCAAGUCCUUGGACGCUGGGCUGCCAAGGUACCACGAGUUGUUUGGAACACGGUCGGCGUCAUCAUUUACACGGUUUGCGCCCUUGCUGGACGUAGUCACCUGGCAGAAAUUUUCACAAACUUCCUUGCGCUAAUGGGUUAUUGGGUUUCUAUCUGGGUUGCUAUCGUGUUGGAAGAGCACUUCAUCUUCAGACGCAGCUCAGGCUUCAACUGGCAGAUCUGGAACGAUAGGAAGAAGCUACCAAUCGGCAUCGCCGCUCUGAUCGCGUUCAUUGUGGGCUGGGUUGGUGCUAUCCUGUGCAUGGCGCAAGUGUGGUAUAUUGGACCCAUAGCCAAGCUUGUGGGCGACUAUGGUGCUGAUAUGGGUAACUACGUCGGGUUCGCUUGGGCUGCCGUCAUUUACCCACCGAUCCGCUUCUGGGAGCUUAAGAAGUUCGGAAGAUAG